AUGGCUACUGAACUAUACAGGUCAGAAAAUUAUCAAAUUAAUGGAAGCGAUUCAUGUCCUUUCAUGGCCAAGUUUGCAGUAUUUGCAAAGCGAACGGAUCCAUUAGAAGCGCGAUUACGCGUAUUUUGUAUGACUGAUGACCGAGAAGAUAAAACACUGGAACAUCAAGAACACUUCACGAGGGCUUUCCGCGAAAACCGUCUUCCAUUCUCAGUGCGUGUGAAAGAUCCGCACGCAGACGCCGUAGGUCGCGCACUAUUUAUGCGUGAACCUCGUGUAGCAAAGGGUGAACCACCCCAGCAGCCGGUAUGUGCCCUAAAUAUAAUGCUACCAGCGGAAAGUGCUGAUGAGCCGUCAGCAUAUUCAACUCCACAACGUCGAGCUGUCCGACCAUAUUCUCUUCGUGUUGCCGAUGUGAGUAACUUGUUAGCAGAUGACUGGGAGCGAUUAGCUGUGGAGCUUGAUAUUCCGGAGUCGGAGAUACGAAAUAUUCGCAUGACCCUCGAAUUAGCUCUUAGGAGAAUAGGACGAGAUGAUAUAGUUCCUCAUUGCGCUAAUGUUGAAGGAAGAGAAUCUUUACUUCCUGGACAAUAUUAUGAGACGGAUAUAAUGAAAACAUCUGAGUCUGUAGAAGAAUUAAUCCACCCCGAAGAUUACGACCCAAAACGAUCAACAUCACCCAGCGACCAGAGAAGAGAUUCCGCGUUGUUGGAAGGAGUUACUGAAAGUCUCGGAAAAUUGGAGACUACAACCUACAAGAUUACGACAGCUGACGUUGCUGAUGAAGUUGGCUCACCAAAAGUGGGUAAAACGCCUCCACCAAGUCCUGCGGAAUUCAACCUACGCGAUCACAUCUCAACUGCAGAAAGAUCAUACGGCCAAGAGUGGGCGAAACCAACGGAACAAGAAUUAAAAGGUGAUGCGGAUUCAAAACGAGGAGUAGCAACUGCGAAGCAUAAAGAUUAUUCAACAGUAAUUGGUAAAAACGAUCCCCGCAGUACAGAGCAUACACAAAAGGAUAUUCUCGAUACUACAGCUCUUUUUAUUGCGCAAGAAGCCAUACCUGAACCAUAUUACAAAUCCUCAACAUUCGAUUCUAAGUUUCAAUAUGUAGAUCCAAAAGAUAAGGCUAGUAAAGAUAAAGACAAUCAAGACGUCAAGGAAUCACGAAAAGAAAAAAAUAAGCAGGGAAAAGGAUUUCUUGGUACUAUCAAGUCAUUUGUCGGAAAAUCAUUUGAGAAUGCCGAUGAAUCCGAUCACAGCGACAAAUCGCCAAAACGAGAACAUAAAAUAAAAAAAGGAAAAGCAUCGAGUGAUUUAAAUAACACGGAACAAAACACAGAACUCGUUGUAUCUAGAGAUACAACAGAAAUUUCAAAACACCAGUCACAAGAUGUGACUAAUAAUUUACAACCUGAAGAAAAUUUAACUAAAGUGGAUAUUAAGACUAUAACGCAUGAUUUACUUAAUAAUGAACAAUCCUUCGAUGGCUGGUCAACGCCUUAUGCUUCAUACAAAAAAGAAUAUGAAACGCGAAAUGAUGGCAAUAAUAUCAUUGUAACUUCUCCUAAACGAAAAGCGGAUGAUCAACAGUCAAAGACGAAAUUUUUUGGCAUAUUUGGUAAAAAGUCGUCAAAGGACUCCGAUAUUUCCGAAGAUGAAAGCAAAUCUUCCAAAGAAUCACGAAAAAUAAAGAAAAGUAAAAAAGGAAAGAUAGACGAAACACUAAGGAAAACAAAAGAGAAUGCCAAAGAAUCAACAGACCCUACCGAAGGCAGAAAAGGAUUUAUUGAAAAAUUGAGAGAAUCAUCAGAAAAAACAGUUGAAAAGGUAAAAGACACAGCCGAUAGCACGUUAGAAAGCACAAAAGGGCAUGUUAUAGAUGCCAAAGAUAAAACAAAAGAAGUUGCUGAAGAUGCAGCAGACAAGACCAAAGGAUUCUUUGGAAAGUUAAAAGGAUCAGCAGAAAAGGCAGUUGAUAGAGUGAAAGAUGCAGCAGAUGACACGUUAGAAAGCACAAAAGAGCAUGUCAUAGAUGCAAAAGAUAAAACAAAGGAAGUUACAGAAGAUGCAGCAGACAAGACCAAAGGAUUCUUUGGAAAGUUAAAAACAUCAACAGAAAAAGCAGUUGAUAAAGUAAAAGAUAAAGCAGAUGACGCUUUAGAGAACACAAAAGAGCAUGCUAAAGACGUUAAAGACAAAACAAAAGAAGUGGCUGAGGGUGCAGCUGACAACACUAAAGGAUUCUUUGGAAAGUUAAAAGGAUCAACAGAAAAGGCAGUUGAUAAAGUGAAAAACGCAGCAGAUGACACGUUAGAAAGCACAAAAGAUCAUGUUAUAGAUGCCAAAGAUGAAACAAAAGAAGUUGCAGAAGAUGCAGCAGACAAAACCAAAGGAUUCUUUGGAAAGUUAAAAGAAUCAACUGAAAAGGCAGUUGAUAAAGUGAAAGAUAAAGCAGAUGACACAUUAGAGAGCACAAAAAAGCAUGCUAAAGACGCAAAAACCAAAACAAAAGAAGUGGCUGAAGAUGCAGCAGACAACACUAAAGGAUUCUUUGGAAAGGUAAAAGGAUCAACAGUAAAGGCAGUUGAUAAAGUGAAAAACGCCGCAGAUGACACGUUAGAAAGCACAAAAGAGCAUGUCAUAGAUGCCAAAGAUAAAACAAAAGAAGUUGCAGAAGAUGCAACAGACAAGACCAAAGGAUUCUUUGGAAAGAUCAAAGGAUCAACAGAAAAGGCAGUAGAUAAAGUGAAAAAUAAAGCAGAUGACGCUUUAGAAAGCACAAAAGAGCGUGCUAAAGAUGUUAAAGAUAAAACAAAAGAAGUUGCUGACGAUGCAGCAGACAAAACUAAAGGAUUCUUUGGGAACUUAAAAGAAUCAACAGAAAAAGCAGUUGAUAAAGUAAAAGACGCAGCAGGUGACACAUUAGAAAGCACAAAAGAGCACGCUAAAGAUGUCAAAGAUAAAUCGAAAGAAGUUGCUGAAGAUGCAGCUGACAGGACUAAAGGAUUCUUUGGAAAGUUAAAGGGAUCAACAGAAAAAGCAGUUGAUAAAGUAAAAGACGCAGCAGAUGACACGCUAGCGAGCACAAAAGAGCAUGCUAAAGAUGUUAAAGACAACACAAAAGAAGUUGCUGAAGAGGCAGCAGACAAAACUAAAGGAUUCUUUGGAAAGUUGAAAGUGUCAACAGGAAAAGCGGUUGACAAGAUGAAAGACGCAACAGAUGAUACGAUAGAAAGCACAAAAGAACAUGCUAAAGACGUUAAAGAUAAAACAAGAGAAGUUGCUGAAGAUGCAGCAGACAAAACUAAAGGAUUCUUUGGAAAGUUAAAAGGAUCAACAGAAAAAGCAGUUAAUAAAGUAAAAGACGCAGCAGAUGACACAUUAGAAAGUACAAAAGAGCACGCUAAAGAUGUCAAAGAUAAAUCUAGAGAAGUUGCUGAAGAUGCAACAGACAAAACUAAAGGAUUCUUCGGAAAGUUGAAGGGAUCGACAGAAAAAGCCGUUGAUAAGGUGAAAGACGCAGCAGAUGACACGGUAGACAGCACAAAAGAGCAUGCUAGAGAUGUCAAAGUCAAAACAAAUGAAGUUGCUGAAGAUGCAGCAGAAAAAACUAAAGGAUUCUUUGGAAAGUUGAUGGGAUCAACAGAAAAGGCCGUUGAUAAGGCUAAAGAUGCAGCAGAUGACACAUUAGAAAGCACAAAGGAACACGCUAAAGGUGUCAAAGAUAAAUCUAGAGAAGUUGCUGAAGAUGCAGCAGACAAAACAAGAGGAUUCUUCGGAAAGUUGAAGGGGUCGACCGAAAAAACUGUUGAUAAGAUGAAAGACGCAGCAGAUGACACACUAGAGAGCACAAAGGAGCACGCUAAAGAUGUUAAAGACAAAACUAAAGAAGUUGCUGCAGAUGCAGCAGACAAAACAAAAGGAUUCUUUGGAAAAUUGAAGGGAUCAACAGAAAAAGCCGUUGAUAAGGCCAAAGAUGCAGCUGAUGACACAUUAGAAAGCACAAAAGAGCACGCUAAAGACGUUAAAGAAAAAACUAAAGAAGUUGCUGCAGAUGCAACAGACAAAACAAAGGGAUUCUUUGGAAAAUUGAAGGAAUCAACAGGAAAAGCCGUUGAUAAGGUAAAAGACGCAGCAGGUGACACGGUAGAGAGCACAAAAGAGCAUGCUAGAGAUGUUAAAGACAAAACAAAUGAAGUUUCUGAAGAUGCAGCAGAAAAAACUAAAGGAUUCUUUGGAAAGUUGAAGGGAUCAACACAAAAAGCCGUUGAUGAGGCUAAAGAUGCAGCAGAUGACACACUAGAAAGCACAAAAGAGCACGUUAAAGCUGUCAAAGAUAAAUCUAGCGAAGUUGCUGAAGAUGCAACAGACAAAACAAAAGAAUUCUUCGGAAAGUUGAAGGGGUCGACCGAAAAAACUGUUGAUAAUGUGAAAGACGAAGCAGAUGAUACACUAGAGAGCACAAAGGAGCACGCUAAAGAUGUUAAAGACAAAACUAAAGAAGUUGCUGCAGAUGCAGCAGACAAAGCAAAAGGAUUCUUGGGAAAAUUGAAGGGAUCAACAGAAAAAGCUGUUGAUAAGGUAAAAGACGCAGCAGAUGACACUGUAGAGAGCACAAAAGAGCAUGUUAGAGAAAAAACAAAUGAAGUUGCUGAAGAUGCCGCAGAAAAAACUAAUGGAUACUUUGGAAAGUUGAAGGAAUCAACAGAAAAAGCCGUUGAUAAGGCUAAAGAUGCAGCUGAUGAUACAUUAGAAAGCACAAAAGAACACGCUAAAGCUGUCAAAGAUAAAACUAGCGAAGUUGCUGAAGAUGCAGCAGACAAAACAAAAGAAUUCUUCGGAAAGUUGAAGGGGUCGACCGACAAAACUGUUGAUAAGGUGAAAGACGCAGCAAAUGACACACUAGAGAGCACAAAGGAGCACGCUAAAGAUGUUAAAGACAAAACUAAAGAAGUUGCUGCAGAUGCAACAGAAAAAACAAAAGGAUUCUUUGGAAAAUUGAAGGGAUCAACAGAAAAGGCCGUUGAUAAAGUAAAAGACGCAACAGAUAAUACGCUAGAAAGCACAAAAGAGCAUGCUAAAGAUGUUAAAGAUAAAUCUAGAGAAGUUGCUGAAGAUGCAGCAGACAAAACUAAAGGAUUCUUUGGAAAGUUAAAAGGAUCAACAGAAAAAGCCGUUAAUAAGGCUAAAGACGCAGCAGAUGAUACGCUAGAGAGCACAAGAGAGCAUGCUAAAGAUGUUAAAGAUAAAACGAACGAAGCUGCUGAAGAUGCAGCAGACAAAACAAAACGAUUCUUCGGAAAGUUAAAGGGAUCAACAGAAAAAGCCGUUGAUAAAGCUAAAGAUGCAGCAGAUGACACAUUAGAAAGCACAAAAGAGCAUGCUAAAGAUGUUAAAGAAAAAACUAAAAAAGUUGCUGGAGAUGCAGCAGGCAAAACAAAAGGAUUCUUUGGAAAAUUAAAGGGAUCAACAGAAAAGGCGGUUGAUAAGGUUAAAUAUGCAGCAGAUGACACUUUAGAGAGCACAAAAGAGCACGCUAAAGAUGCUAAAGAAAAAACGAAAGAAGUUGCUGAAAAUGCAGCAGACAAAACAAAAGGAUUCUUUGGACAGUUAAAGGCAUCAACAGAAAAAACCGUUGAUAAGGUGAAAGACGCAACAGAUGAUACGCUAGAGAGCACAAAAGAGCACGCUAAAGAUGCUAAAGACAAAACUAAAGAAGUUGCGGAAGAU